CGUGCUUUUUGAGGCUAAAAUCUAUUAAUUAGUUUCACCUUAAAAAAUUACAAAAAAUGCUUUUCCGAAAAAUCUUUUAGAAUUUUUUUCUGACGUCACAAACGAGUUAUUGAUACGAGAUAACAUGAAACCUCCACUGUUGUUACCGGCUAACGGUUUUUUAAAGAUAAAUGUCUCAUUUGAAGGGUUUCAAGGUGACGGACAAUGGGCGGAAGAGGCUUUUCGGCGUGGCGUGCCGCUCCUUCGGCGAGCUUCUUGAAAAAGGCUCGAAAAAACUCCAAGUUGAGAAGGAUGGUCUCUGUGCAUAUUUGCAAGAUGGUACGAUAAUAGACGAAGAGUACUUCAUGACGCUUCAGCCACAGACGGUUGUAAUCCUGACGAAAGGCGAUGUAAGGACAGGUGCCGACUUGAUAUACGACGUCCUCCGUACGGUAAAUGUCGACUUACUUAAGGCGGGCGCAGAGGUGGAGCGUUUCUUCCAAGACGGGAUCAAAGACAAGAUCAAAGUAUUGUCGAAGCUCGCCGAAGGGGACGCCGAAGAGGAUUUCGCCGAAUGGGCCAAAGGCGUUGAAACGGGCUGCCGCACCAAGGAGGCAUACAUGGAAAUGCGCUGUCGCGAGAGGAUACGCGGGUAUUUCCACUCGGCUGUCAAGCUGCUCCGCUUGUCCGAUGUCUACGCAGCAAAGAAGCUCCAGGUCGAGAGGUUAAAAGACGAUUUGAAAGCCAAGCUGGACAAGAGUAAAUGCGAGGGACAUUAUUUCAACAGGACCGUUGCCAGGGCGAUGUGCGACGCCAAAGGUGUCUUCACAUGCGGUGGCCUCUGGGACAGGGAACGCUGCAAUCACAACCGUGGCGAAGGACAUAAAAUCAACCCAUACAAGAGCCGCGAGCAGAGGAUCAUAUUUUCAACUUGGAAUCUUGAUCAUAGAAAAAUCAAGGACGAUCAUUCCUACAAUAAUAACAGCCUUGUCGAAUCUCAAAAGCGGUCUCUCGAUUGAUUCAAGUUAUAUCUACACGCUUCUUUUUACUAAGGAGAACCUCAAGAUCGUCCAUAUCGUAUGCCACGACAAAUCGGCACAUGCUACGGCAAAA